AUGGUAAUUUAUUCAAAACUGUCAAGCAGUAUUACUGUCGUGUGGAUACUGGGGAAGAAGCAACCAAAGCCACUUGAAAGAGAAUCUGUAGAUUAUAUUUUGACAGAAUUUGAAGUGAUAUUCAAUUUCGAAGGAGUUAGCAGUAAGGGAUAUAUUAGUGGAGGCGGUAUUUUACAGAAUCACAUAAACUUGACCUUCGUAUUCACUAACACUACGAGUUUAUCGUUCCAGUUCUAUUUGUAUGGAGUGCCAAGUAGUUUGUUCGGUUUAAAGGGAAAUAGUUUCAAUCUAAGUGAAUCUUUCGUCGAUCUUUGC